AUGUCAUCACUGCCUGAGGGUUGGGUUUCUCGUAUCAGCUCCAAUGGAAAGACGUAUUAUGUGAAUAUUGUCACAAACGAAUCUCAGUGGGAAUUACCCCAACAUCCGGCUUCGUCGUCUUCAGGUAAAAUAAGGUGUUCACACUUGCUGGUAAAGCACAAGGAAUCUCGGCGUCCUUCAUCCUGGAAACAGCAAAACAUAACGAGGUCUAAAGACGAGGCCUUAUUUUUAAUUAGAAAAUACAAGGAACUUAUAGAAUCUGGUGAACGUAAAUUUGAUGAACUUGCCAGAACUGAGAGUGACUGUUCUUCAGCUGCAUCAGGUGGCGACUUAAAUUUCUUUGGUCGAGGUCAAAUGCAGAAAGCAUUCGAAGAUGCAGCAUUCACUCUGAAGGUGGGUGAAAUGUGUGGCCCCGUGUAUACGGACUCGGGAAUCCAUCUAAUCAAGAGAACAGCAUAA